ACCCGAUACACACGCCCUGAAUCGACGAGCAGCUGCCAAGAUGUUCAAGAAGUGGGCAAAGAAAGUGGAGAAGGAGGUUUCAAAGGCAGCAAAGAAAGUGGAGAAGGAGGUGUCAAAGGGAGCAAAGCAAGUGGAGAAAGAGGCGUCGAAGGGAGCAAAGAAAGUGGAGAAAGAGGUGUCGAAGGGAGCAAAGAAAGUGGAGAAAGAGGUGUCAAAGGGAGCAAAGAAAGUGGAGAAGGAGGUGUCAAGGGCAAGCACAGACGUGGUGCAGGAGUUUAAGCGGGUGCAAGCGCGUUGUCAAGGCGAAAAAGCCCCCGAGCUCGAAACAAGACGCCGAAGCGAGGUGACUGGACGUGAGCAGAAGGAAGAACCAAACGACACUCCAGAGCGCGACCGAGACACCUCAACACAGCAGGUAUCCUCCACCGAGCCCAAGUCACAAGAUCCCGAUGGUAAGGCUGCCGAAGACCAAGAACAAGGAAGUCAGCAAGCUGGAGCGCCCGAGGAGAAACCACGCGCAAGCAAGGAGGUGGAAGACCUCAUUGCGAAGACCGUUCUCAGCGACAAUCAUAAGGAUACAAUCAGGGCCCUCGCCAACAACACCUGCCCGCAGGAAGUCAGCUUGAACAGUGCUGAGCUCGACCUCAAUGGGGUAUAUGCGGUUGCAGCAGCUCUCAAGGGAAAUACGUGCCUUACGACCUUGAGGUUGCAGAAUAACGGCCUAGGUGACGAGGCUGCUAUCGCACUGGCAGACCUUGUGCGGCAAAACACUACACUGACCGUGCUCGACCUGCGCCACAACGCGAUCAGCACAAACGGCGGGACCGCUCUCGGAGCAGCAUUCGCCCAAAACACCACGCUUCACGACUUGCGGCUGCAGAACAAUACCGCAGCUUGUGCGCGAGCAUUUGGUGCUGCCCUCCCACUCGAUCGAGCCAGUGGACUGACCUGGGGGGAUGAUGAUGCAGAGGGCAAGGCCGGGUUUGAUGCAGGAUGCGAGGAGAAGAGACAAGCUACGCUUGACACAGCGUGUAAGAAUGGCGACAUUGACAGCGUCGCUGCGCUCAUCAGCCAAGCAGCAGAUAUAAACCAUCAGAAUGAACAGGGCGACACACCACUACACGUUGCCUGUCGGUUCGCACAUCCUGACAUCAUACAGCUGCUGCUGGAGAAAGGCGCUGACAGCACUGUCAAGAACAACAAGGGUGAGACAGCGCACGAUGUGGCACAGUCGAGCCACACAGCUGUGCUGAGCAUUCAGGGGCUGAAUCCCCAAGCACAUGCUGCCCAGCAGCAAGCAUCAGCUGUGAAUGCAACUGAGCUCGAACAGGAGGAGCUUACUGACGCAACUGACCAUCGCGAAAGCGUAAUGGCGGCAAUGCACCAGAUUGCACAGCAUUCAGACACACAGACGGCAGGGCGUGCCAAGCUGAUGCUGGUUGGAGAGGGGCGUGCGGGCAAGACCAGCACCCUGCACUCCCUCAUGGGCGAUGACUUCAACAAGGGCGAGCACUCUACUUUUGGCGCCGACAGCAUGGAUCUGUCUGUCAUCGUCGAGUCCAUGGACGUCUGCAACUGGCAGCACCUCGCAAGCGGCCUGAGCGAGUACAUGCGCACGCUUCUGGGCACGGCGCUGGCACAGACUUCUGGGAUGGACGCAGCAAUGAAGGAGGCGAUGAUCGCGGCCCUGAAGGAGCACCAACAGCGGGUCAAGCAGCAGCAGUUGGGGAACGAUGGAGAAGGUGACGGUGACAACUCUGAGGAGGAUGUAGACGGCGAUGAGAACACACAGCAUGGCACACCAUCAUCCGUGCCAAAGAAGACGUCCCCAACCCCCGAUCAUGUGCAAGGCGAUGAUCACCACUCCUCGUCUUCGCCAGCCGCUAAGCCGUCACAGUCUCAAUAUCAACAGCACAACGCAUCAGCUGAGGCAGCAGAUACUGGUCUUCUCCCCAAGGUGUCGACUGAGGAGAUUGAGAAGGCGAUCAAGAACUUCAAUUUGAACACGACCACGGGCGAGGGCAGCGCACGGGUCACGUUCAAGGUGUUUGACCUGGGCGGACAAUCCACCUUCUACAUCUUCCACCCUUUCUUCCUCACCGAGUACGCGGUGUACCUGCUGGUGUUCUCCAUGGAGGACCUGUUGCACCAAGACGAGAGCAAGCGAGCGGAGACGUGGGAGUUUCUGGAGCACUGGCUCUCCUCCCUCCACCUCCACGCCAAGGGCGCACCCGUCCUCAUCGUCGGCACACAUGCCGACAAGAUCGAUGAGCGCAAGCAGCACGAGGGCAUCUCAUGUGGCAUCUACAACCGCCUGUGCCACAACGCAGCUUUUCCUUCCGUCCUCUACAAUGGCAAGAAUGGCCUCUGGUUCUGGCCCGUUGACAACACCAAGUCCAAACACGAUCCCAUGAUCAAGGACCUGCGCCAGACCAUCUCCUCCACAGCAGUGGCGCAGGAGUACGUGAACCAGCAGGUGGCUGUGCCCUACCUCCACCUCUAUGACCGGCUCAAUGCCAUCGCCCUGGACGAAAAGCGCCCACUGCUCACGUUUGAUGAAGUGGUGGAGAUUGCGCGCGCGUGCGGGCUGCGCACACGUGACGAGACGCGUGCGUGUCUUAAAUUCUUCCACCUGUACUCCAUGGUGCUCUACUACGACAACGUGCCAGGCAUGGACCAGUUUGUGAUCCUGAGCCCGCAGUGGGCGGUGGACACGAUGACGCGCGUCAUCCGCAACUUUGGCCUGCACUACAACUCGCACGACCAAGAGGCGAUGAGACUUGAGCCUGACCUGUGGCAAGAUUUGAUCCAUCGUGCGAUAUUGCACCGUCGCCUCCUGGACGUGUUGUGGAGGGACAUUCGAGAUGACGUGAUUGAACCGUUUCUUCACCUGAUGAUGGAGUACGGGCUGUGUGUGGAGUACUCGCCACCCGUGAUGAUGCAGUCCGGCCACCACCAACAGCACCAGCACCAGCAACAGCAGCAGCAAUACCUUGUCCCAGCAAUCCUACCGAUGACGCUGGAGGAUGAACAGGCGUCGUCAUCAGUCACGCUGAGCACGGCAGCAGCACAGCAAGCCAACCCGUAUGUUGGAUAUGAGGAGAAGACAGCGUACAUCGUCUUCAGCCUGAGGGAGUUCAAGAGGGGUGUAAGCGCCAAGAUUGCAGACACGCAGCAAGCCUCCUUCCUGCCAGAGGGCCUGUUCCCAAUGGUGUUGGCACGCAUGAUGGCGCACAUGCAGCACGGCGCAACCGAGCCGCCCAUGCUGAGCCGCACGCAUGCCAUCAUCUUUGUGGAUAUUGCAGAGAUUCGCCUGCAGCUCGUGCCCGCUGUCGGCGGUAUCAAAAUCCAGAUCACAAGCCCACGCCCUCGCACGCUGCUGCAAAUACUGUUUGACACCAUCACAGUCGCUGUCAAGCAGCGCUUCGGCGAAAUCAGAGCCAGCCUCCUGCUUCCCUUUGACAAGAGCAGACUGCUCUUCCAUGAGGAGGUGCACCGCCACCACAGAAACAAGCGUUUCCUUCGCGUCGCCCAAGCGCAGCCGUUGUCACCUGAUGACUUGGUCACCCGUUUUGGUCCUCUGCUGCCGGUCCUUGGCCAGCAAGAUGAAUAUGAUGUCUUCAUCAGCUACAGGCAACGUGGCAACGCUGGCCUGGUGAUGACCCUUCACCCAAAAUUGGAGCGCCAUGGCUUGGUGGGCUUUGUGGACGCCAACAACCUGGAAACUGGCCUCAACUUCAAGCACGCGUGCCUGACAGCUCUCCAACACAGCGUGGUCGCCUGCCCCAUUGUAUCUGUCGCUGCCAUCCAUCAGAUGCGCUCGCUCGGCCACAAUGACACGUGCGACAACGUGCUGCUGGAGUGGAUGGCGAUGUUGGAGCUGCAGCAGCUCGUACACCAGCAUUCAGACAAGAUCCGCCUUCGCCGCAUCGUCCCUCUCUUCAUCAGCAGUGGCUGGCACGGCCCCAACUAUCACGCCAUGAGCACGGCAGAAGCGAGCGAGUACGACUCGUUUGACCGCCUGAAGCGGCUGGUGAUGGCACUGCCGGAUGUUGUGAGCAAGGAGACGGCAGCAGCGCUGGACCAGUACUUCGCGCAGGUGCUGCACCUACCGCCACCCCAGCAGCACAAGAGCGUGCGCCAAGUGGUGCUAUCCCUGUUUGACAUUGACGCCGUCAUUGUAUUUGGGGAUGCCUCAGAUGCGGACCGUGCAACACAGCUGCGACACAUGGCAGAGCGAGUGCGCCGAGUUGUCGUCACUGUAAAGUCAAAGCUGUCAGCCUCCACAUCAUCAUCCGCUUCAACUCCGGCAACGUCUACUUCAACGUUCAUGGAGCAACAGGCGUUUGCCGAUGCCACUGAUGCACUUGCCGCGAAUGUGCAAGAAUGGCUGCAAUCCAUUUCGUUGUUGACCGCUGUCGGCCCUGCUCUCGUCGCAUUUGGCGUCUGCACCUUCAAUGAUCUUGAUGAGGCUCUGGCACCCGAUGUCGAAGACGACUUCAGGGCUGAACUGCGGUUGGCUGGCGUGAAGCCAUUGCACAUCACCCGCCUUAUCAAAGAAUCCCGUGCACGCGAGCAUUGAGCAACUCCCGGAGUGGUCGACGUAUUGUCAUUGCUGCAGAACAUGUGUGAACAUUGUGCCUCGUUGGUUGAUGCUUGGGCGCCUUGUCAUUCGUUAAGAAGAGUUGUAUGAAGUUCGUGCCUCAGACUGCGCAAGGGCGGUGAAUUCAAGUCACCAAUCGCCGGCCAUGUGUCAGUUGUUUUCAUGCUCAGCUCUUCAAUUGCUGUCCAUACUUGCCAGGUCCAAUCAAAUCUCUCUCCCCUUCUCUCACCCCUCUCAAUCAUCUUCCAACAAUUGGUUUGUUUAUGUUCUGAAGCAGCUUUCUAAAUACACGUCAUAAAUGCAUGGGUGGC